UCUAACCUGUAAAUUAUUAAUUCAUUGUUAUUAUUUAUUUUCAUUUCAUAAUUUGGCACUAAACAUGGACCACCAGAGCAAAGAAUUGGCAGCAGAUUUUUUCCUACGGGAGCCAGUGGACGCGCGAAUACGAAAGCAAAAGGAGGAACCACAGGAGGAGUCCCAUCCAAACCGGAAAGUAGAACUACAAACUAUUCGCCUUAGCGCUGAUUCACAAAAGUUGGUACUGGAUACGCUCAGGUUUAUCCAUGGCCCUGAAUUUAAACUUGGCAGUGCUGGUUUGUACAAGGACAAAGGUUCAAGCCUCAGCAACAGAUUUUGGAUGGAAAGAGGAAAUCUGGUGCUACAGGGAGGCUGUGACUAUUCUCUAAAUAUUAAACCAGACAUUAAGACUUCAGAAGCUCGACUUAGAGAGUUUGCUUUAGCUAAAUUAGAGAAAUAUAAUUUCCAUAAAGCCCACUGUGCGGAAGCAUUACAAGUAGCUGGAGAGAGUGUAGACAAAGCUUUAGAGAUUUUAUUCUAUAAGUACUUUAAAAUCGAUCUACAAGACAAGCCAAGUGAUAUUCCUCCAAAGAAUGAGCUUCUGGAGAUGAGAAAAGAUGAAAAAGCUGUCCUAGAAUCCAUUUACGAAAACAGAUUUAGAGUUAUAGACAACAAUGUGUGGCGAGUGCAACUAAGCUUAGACUACUUAACGAAAGCAUAUGAAAAUAAGGAUGUACAGAUACCAAAGAAAAAAGAAAACACCAACUUCAAAACGAAAAAGAAAGAGGUCUGUAAACUGUACCUUAAAGGUCCCUGUAGAUUUGGUUCGAAGUGUAAAUUUCUACAUGAAUCUAAGACAGAUGUAGAAGACACAAGUUACAAACAAAAUGGUGACACUGAGCGUAUUUUGUAUGAAUUAGAAAUAAGGUUUUCUGAAGACACUGCAUAUCCCUACCAACCUCCGUACUUGUUCCUGAAACUAGAAAAUAAUAGAAAUAUUAUCCCAGAGACUGUUUGUUUGAAAAUUACAGCAAAAUUGUUUGAUGAAGCACGCACAUUAGCACAAGAUGGUAUCCCAAGUAUAUAUUCGUUAGUAGAAUUAUUGAAUAAUGAGGAGGAGCUUCUAAAUUUCGUGAAAUUCGACACUAGAACUUUUCCAGAAGCCUCAGAUGCUUUAUUCCCACAAUUAGUUGAAAAUAAUACCAUAGAAGAACUAAAACCGACACAUUAUAAUAGAAAACAGCCUCAAAAUGGUAGAGCAAAUGUUAAUUUUAAAGAAAUCUUAAGAGAAAACAAGGAAAUUGCCAGGAGAUGGGUAGAAAAACCAGACAAUGAUAGGUAUAAUAGAAUGAUGAAUAGCAGAAAAAAGUUGCCGGCCUGGAACAAAAGACAGGAGAUAUUGCAGGCAAUGCAAAAAUCUCAGGUGAUUGUUAUCAGCGGAGAAACGGGCUGUGGCAAGAGUACCCAAGUGCCGCAGUACAUAUUAGACGACUGGUUGGACCACUUUAACCAUGGUGGGCGGGACCAUGUCGAGAUCAUCUGUACCCAGCCCAGACGAAUAUCGGCUAUUGGUGUCGCAGACAGGGUUGCUGAUGAGAGAGUGGAGAAGACUGGGCAGGUUGUUGGAUAUCAGAUCAGGCUAGAAAGUAAAGUGUCAUCGAAAACGCGACUUACUUUCUGCACAACAGGUAUUUUGUUGAGAAGGCUGGAAUACGAUCCUCAAUUACAAUCCGUCACGCAUAUUAUAGUAGAUGAAGUCCACGAAAGGUCAGAAGAGAGUGACUUCCUACUGCUCAUCUUGAGGGACCUUAUCAAAGUGAGAAAGGACUUGACAGUUGUACUCAUGAGCGCUACAUUGAAUGCGGAUCUGUUCUCGGAUUACUUUGACAAGGUUCCAGUGUUGGAGAUACCAGGCAGAACAUUCCCAGUAGAACAGAUAUUCGUAGAAGACAUUAUGGAAAUCAGCAACUAUGUUAUGGAAGAAAAUGGUCCCUUUGCGAGGAAAGUUAAAAAAGCGGACAGAGACAAGAAAUCCGACUUGGAAACAGAAUUAGAGACAUGUGACGUCCGCUCCGAGUCUACGGAGCCUCCCAAAGCUUCCAUCCGUGAUGAGAACCUGAGCAUAUCGCAGAUGGUGGCCCGGUAUAGUCACUGUAGCAAGCAAACCUGUAAGAAUCUGUAUUUGAUGGACACUGAAAAGAUAAAUCUAGAACUAAUAGAACAUGUGCUGACAUACAUAGUGACCGGCGAUCACAAGUGGCCGAAAACUGGUGCUAUCUUGAUAUUCCUGCCCGGCAUUGCAGAGAUCAUGUCGCUACAUGAUCAGCUGGUGGAUAGUCACACUUUUAGUCCCAAGACAGGAAAAUACAUAAUAGUGCCGCUACACUCAACACUAUCGAGCGAGGAACAGUCCCUGGUAUUCAAGACGCCUCGUGCCGGCGUCCGUAAGAUUGUACUGUCGACAAACAUCGCGGAAACAUCUGUUACUAUCGACGAUUGUGUGUUCGUCGUUGAUUGUGGUCGCAUGAAGGAGAAGAGAUUCGAUUCCAACCGCAAUAUGGAAUCCCUGGAUCUCGUGUGGGUGUCGCGCGCCAACGCGAAACAGCGUAAGGGGCGAGCAGGCCGCGUCAUGCCGGGAGUGUGCGUGCAUCUGUACACCUCACACCGUUACACCCAUCAUCUUUCCGACCAACCCGUACCGGAGAUCCACCGGGUGCCGCUCGAACAACUGCUGCUCAAGCUGAAAAUACUGCCCCUGUUUAGAGGCAUGAGCGUGCAUGAGGUGCUAGGAAAAACGAUAGAACCGCCAGUAAAGUCAAACAUAGAUGGCGCUUUAACACGUCUUCAAGAUGUAGGGGCGCUGGACAAGUCACUCGCUCUAACGGCGCUUGGCAAACACUUGGCAGAGUUGCCAGUCGACGUCCGGAUUGGCAAGCUGAUGUUGUUUGGUGCCAUAUUCUGUUGUGUGGACUCGGCGUUGACUAUGGCGGCGUUUUUGAGCCACAAGAGUCCGUUUGUUGCGCCUUUUGGAAAAAAGUCUGAAGCCGAUGCUAAGAGAAGAGAGUUUGCGAUGUCUAACAGUGACCAGUUGACAACUUUAAGAGCUUAUAGAAGGUGGCAACAAGCGCUCAAGUCGAGUUCUCACGCGGCCCUCGUGUUCGCCAAGGAACAUUUCCUCUCACACAAAACGUUGAUGAUGCUGGGAGACAUCAAACAUCAGUUGCUCGGUCUACUCGCGUCUAUUGGCUUCGUGCCAGACAUGCCCGCCCUCAGAAAGAAGAUGAGAAAAGAUAGUGUGGCUAGUUUGACAGGAGAAGAGUUAAAUUCAAACGGGAACAACGACAGGUUACUGGUAGCCAUACUGUGCGCAGCUCUCUAUCCAAAUGUUGUAAAGGUGCUAACCCCAGAGAAAUCCUUCCACAUGUCAGCGGGGGGUGCAGUGGCGGUGCAACCCAACGCGCGGGAGUUACGCUUCGUGACUCGAGACGCGACGGUUGCCCUCCACCCGGCUUGUGUAGCCGCCACUGAGAGGCACUUCACCAGCCCCUACUUGGUGUAUCAGGAAAAAGUUAAGACGUCUAGAGUGUUUGUGAGGGAGGUCUCCAUGGUGCCGCAGUUACCGCUGGUGUUGUUUUCAGGAUGCAACUUAAACGUGGAGCUACACAACGGGACGUUUAUAGUGUCGUUAGAAGACGGAUGGAUCAUGUUUCAAGUGGAAAAACAUGAGGUUGCAGAAAUAUUGAAAACUAUACGAGUAGAGUUGAUCAACUUACUGGAAGAGAAAAUCAACGACCCCUCGCUAAACCUGCUGCACUAUGAAAAGGGAAAUAAGAUUAUAAAAACUAUAGUUCAAAUUAUAACGAAAGAUUAGUAAAUAUAAAUAAUUAUUAAAUAGUUUAUAAUGAUAAAUAAUUCUAUUAUAAUAGCUUAAUUCUGUAAAAACUGUUACUAAUAUUAUGUUAUAAUAUUAAUAUUUUAGAAGAUGCAACACAAGAAGUUUGCUUUUCAAAAAUUAUGAGACUACAGCGCCAUUUGUUAUGCACGGUCGUCAACGAAUUACGUUUCAAAUACCCUCAGUGUUUAAAUAUUCGUGACAAAUGAUAGAUAUGAAGUGCCUGCUAGUAAUUUUUUUUGCGAACAUUUACAAUUUUUACCACAGCUGUUUUCUAGACUUUUUUUAUCUGAAUUGCGUUUAAGUCGGGUUUGCUCUGUUGCGGUAGAAAACAUUUUAAAACCCUCAUUACAAAUCAUAAGUAUUGUGAUACAUGUAUGCAAGAUAUGUAUGAUUUCGACUAAAGUAAUAACGAAGCCUUAUUUUACAAAUCUGCCAGCCUUAAAGUGCUCUGAAUCUCAAUUAUCUUACGAAGCAAUUUUUGUAAAGCUAAAUACAGUUUGCCUUAUCUAAGUAUGAUGUUUAACGUGCAAAUAAAAAAUACACUGCCUUGUUAAUUAACUUUACAAUGUUAAAUAAUUGCUUUGAUGAUGUUUUAUAAUGAAUUUUUAUCUAUACAGCUUUGCAACUAGUUCCGAAUAGCAAAUAUACGCAGUAAGGCUGUUUACAAGGUGAGCAAUGGAGCGGCCGCUGCGGCGUGUGUAUAAACAGCCUAAUGUUUAAAUAAUGUAUAUGUAUAGUAUACGCAGUGAUUACCAUAUUUAUUGAUAUCUUAAAAUGGAUAUAAAUAGUAUUACUAUAAAUACUAAUUUAGUAUACGUUUAGAGAAAUUUGCGUGAUGCGCUAAAAUAAUUUAUAUUUUUUUAAA